AGAUGUGCCGGGCUCGGAUGCGGCGAGUUGAGUCCCUUAAGGGGCUGCACGCAGGUUCCCGCGAUGAAUCCUGGCAUGGGCAUGGGCAUGCCCAUGAUGCCAGGUGGGAUGCAGAUGAUGCCCGGCAUGAUGCCAGGCAUGGCCCCUGACGCAGGAGCCAUCCAAGCAGAAAAAAUCAAGCAGGCGCGCUUUGAGGCAGUGGUCACAAGGAAGACCACUGCGAAGGAUGCUGAGAAGGUUACCACGGUCUUUGUCGGCGGUCUCCGGAAGAGCACCUCCGAAGAUAAGGUCAUUGGACACUUCGCCAAGUAUGGCCAGGUGGACAGCGUGGACAUCAAGAGGUUGCCAGAUGGCAGUUCCAGAGGCUUCGCGUUUGUGAAAUUCAAUGACAAGGAGUCAGUGGACAAAGUGAUAGAGGCUAAGGCCAAUCACAUGAUUGACAACAAGUGGGUGGCAGUGCGACCCCAUGGGGGCUCCGCCUUUCAGGCGGCACAGCACGCGGAAAGGGCCAAGGACAUGGUGCAGAGGGAGAAGGACAAGAAGGAGUCCGAAGGUCCAGCCACACAAGAUGACUAUGAGGAGAAGUGGUCUGAGAAGUACUUGCAGCAAGCUGCCUCGCUACAAGAUAGCAGAGAAGAAGAGGAAGACAAGGAAAAAGACACCCCCAUGAACCCCAUGAUGGCCAUGAUGAUGAACCCCAUGAUGCAGAUGAUGAUGAAUCCCAUGAUGAUGGGUGGCAUGAACCCAAUGAUGAUGGGUGCCCGGCCCAUGAUGGGCUGCGCCUGUGGGGGGUGCCCGGGCGCGGGCGGCGGCGGCGAGACUGGCGGCGGCAGCACUGGCGCUGCGGAGGGUGCUCCAAGCUCAUCCGGCAGCCCAGGAGGCUGCAUGCCAGGGUGCGGCUGCAUGCCUUGCUGCAUGGGAGGAUGCAUGCCAGGUUGCAUGGGUGGCUGCCCCUGUGGUGGCUGCUGCGGCUGUGGCGGUUGCGGCUGUGGCAUGAUGCCAAUGGGCAUGAGCAUGCCGGGUAUGCCGAGCCUGCCUGCAGGUGCCGCCAAGCCGGCGGAAACCUCACCGGAAGGCGAGACGCCCGAAGGCAGCGGCGGCCCGGUCAAGGAGGGAGGCGGCGAGAACCGCUUCCAGCCAUACUGAGUGUAGAUGUAGUAGGAUUUACACGAAGCAGAUGCCUCAGAUUCUGAAAGUUUUGCA